UCGGCGGCCGCGGCGCGGCCCGGGCUCGGCGGCGGCGGCGGCCGGCGGGGCGCAGGCUCGGAGCGGCGGCGCCGGACACAAGUUGCGCGGCUCGGGGCGAGGUAACCGAAGACAGAAAACAGGCUUAAAAAUAAACCCCAGAAGGAAAACGAGAUUUGCCUACAUUUGUCUCUGAACUCUGGCAUCAUAAAACUUCACAAGGUGACUCAGAGGAGGCUGAUCACUGUGAACCCCUGAGGAGAAGGAAUCUCGCCCCCACCCCGGCACACCGCCCCGUGUGAGGAACAUCGUUGACGUUCUUAGGAAAGAGGUGAACAGGCAGGUCCCAGCAGACACUUGGCGGUUCCUAUGAUCGGGUGCUGGGGAGGCCACUGGUUCAGAGAUCUACACAUGAAGUCACCCUAAAGAGGGUGGUGGCUGCUGCUUCGUAAAGACCUCAUCGCCGCCAGGUGAGGCUAAGAUGAGCAUUACCAGUGACGAGGUGAACUUCCUGGUGUACCGAUAUCUCCAGGAGUCAGGUUUUUCCCACUCGGCGUUCACGUUCGGUAUCGAGAGCCACAUCAGCCAGUCCAACAUCAAUGGGACGCUAGUGCCGCCGGCCGCCCUCAUCUCCAUCCUGCAGAAGGGCCUGCAGUAUGUGGAGGCCGAGAUCAGCAUCAAUGAGGACGGCACGGUGUUCGACGGCCGCCCCAUAGAGUCCCUGUCCCUGAUCGACGCGGUGAUGCCGGACGUGGUGCAGACGCGGCAGCAGGCCUUCCGAGAGAAACUGGCCCAGCAGCAGGCGGCCGCGGCGGCGGCAGCCGCCGCUGCAGCAGCCGCAGCGGCAGCGGCCACGACGGCGGCCCCCGCGGCCGUCUCCCAGCAGAACCCACCAAAGAACGGCGAAGCCACGGUCAACGGGGAGGAGAACGGCGCGCAUGCCAUCAAUAAUCAUUCGAAACCAAUGGAAAUCGACGGAGACGUGGAGAUUCCGCCCAGCAAGGCCACCGUCCUUCGGGGCCACGAGUCCGAAGUGUUCAUUUGUGCCUGGAACCCUGUCAGUGACCUCUUGGCUUCAGGGUCCGGAGACUCGACCGCCAGGAUAUGGAACCUGAAUGAGAACAGCAACGGCGGCUCCACGCAGCUGGUGCUCCGGCACUGUAUCCGGGAGGGGGGCCACGACGUCCCCAGUAACAAAGACGUCACCUCGCUGGACUGGAACAGCGACGGGACACUGUUGGCUACGGGUUCCUACGACGGUUUUGCAAGAAUAUGGACAGAGGAUGGUAACCUGGCCAGCACCUUGGGCCAACAUAAAGGCCCCAUCUUCGCCUUGAAGUGGAACAAGAAGGGGAAUUACAUUUUGAGUGCUGGAGUAGACAAAACAACCAUAAUCUGGGAUGCUCACACAGGAGAAGCCAAACAACAGUUUCCGUUUCAUUCUGCCCCUGCUCUCGACGUGGACUGGCAGAACAACACUACGUUUGCCUCCUGCAGCACGGACAUGUGUAUUCACGUCUGCAGACUCGGCUGCGACCGCCCCGUCAAAACGUUCCAGGGACACACGAAUGAGGUCAACGCCAUCAAAUGGGAUCCUUCUGGCAUGUUGCUAGCCUCCUGUUCUGAUGACAUGACAUUGAAGAUCUGGAGUAUGAAGCAGGACACGUGUGUCCACGACCUUCAGGCGCACAGCAAAGAGAUAUACACCAUCAAGUGGAGUCCCACCGGUCCAGCCACCAGCAACCCCAACUCCAGCAUCAUGCUGGCAAGCGCCUCGUUCGAUUCUACCGUCCGACUCUGGGACGUGGAGCGGGGCGUGUGCAUCCACACGCUCACCAAGCACCAGGAGCCCGUCUACAGCGUGGCCUUCAGCCCCGACGGGAAGUACUUGGCCAGCGGCUCCUUCGACAAGUGCGUGCACAUCUGGAACACUCAGAGUGGAAGUCUUGUCCACAGCUACCGAGGCACCGGGGGCAUCUUCGAGGUGUGCUGGAACGCCCGGGGCGACAAAGUGGGCGCCAGUGCUUCAGACGGCUCCGUGUGCGUGUUAGAUCUGCGAAAAUAAACACACACAGAAAAAAAUAUUAUAGACACAAGAAGAGAAUUCUAAUGGACCAGCAGUGAACGUGUGGGGUUGUAGCACUAUUCAGACACAAUUCCGUCAGCUCUGAAACGGCGCCAGCCUGACCUUAGGGAGUGUCCUUUGAGACCAAGUCAUCCCUGGCUACCAGAGUCUCUAUUUUUUUUUUUUUUGGUAACCUUCACCAAGAAGUUUAAAACGGAAAACACACACGCAAGUCCUAUCAGAGGGGGAGGAAAAGGAAUGGUUUCCACCCGGAAGGUCCAGCCCCAGGGGAGCGCGAAGCCGCCAGCUUGACAUGGUGCACAAAUCGGUUUCCACCCAGAACAGGCUCUGAUGGUUGAGAGGAACGAAAAAAAAAAAGGAAAGGCUGUGCCAAAAUGAAAAGAAGGAAAAAAAAUGCUGUGAUAAACCAAAAGGGGAGGAAAAAACGCCUCCUGUCAAUGGGUUUUUUGUUUCUUGGAUUUUUCCCUAAAAAUUUGGACAUUACAGUUAAACUCUCACAAGGACGUUCGAAAGACCAGUUUGUAUGGAUGAAAUGGGUACCUUUGUAAUCCCAACAGUUUCUAUUUUCUAGAAUCUUUGUCCCCGUGGUUUUUCUAUGGGCUGGAAUCCUGUCGUCUUGGUUGGUGGGGUUGGGGGGUGGGGGAAAGGGGCGGGCCUUGGGUCCGAGGUGGAAACUGUUCCUGGGUGUCUUGCUUCUUUGCUGUUGUUUCACCCACCGGAGAGACAGCCCCUCUCUCUUGGAUGCGGUGACAGUCUCUGACGACAGCUUUCUUGCCUGCAUCUUCCCCUCCCCACUCCCCCACGCCCAUCCCCCUCCCCACUACCUUCCCCCCUCCCUCCCCCAUGCCCCUCCCCCCAUCCCUCUCCCUCAUAGUCACCUCCCAUCUUCUGUCUCAAGGGCACUUUCAGCGCAUAAUAAGUGCUUUAUGCAAGAAGGCAGGGCAAGGGGGACUUUUUACAGGAGGGGGAAGAAGAAAAAAAAGUGACUUAUAAGAGAAAGAGCCCGGAGUAUUUUUGGAGAAGAAAAAAAAGAUAUUUUUUAUGUUAAAACAAUUUUAAAAUCGUAAAAUGGCCAUUCAGACAUGA